CUACUACUCCCAUCUAGUUUUCCAUUGAUUCUGGUAAGGAUGAGGAAGUCUGACUUUAGGUUUUACCUUUUGUUGCCUUUUCACUCUGGACAGCUUCAAAGUCUCUUUUCUUCUACCAUCUUUUUGCAGUUUCAGUUCCCUCUCUUUUCUCGGUUGAAUGAUGCAUACAGCGAGCUACCGCCAUUUCAAGAUGCGAUGCCAGAGAAGCAACCAGAUGCUCCUCCACAUCAUUAGUCAGUUAACGUUGUCUUAUUUUCAGCAACCGUAUGGGAUUCAAUGGAUCUUUUAAAUAGGUGGAGAUCCGAAGUAGGGCUGUAAAAUUUUGUAGCUCUAUGCAGAAACUUUAUGGAAGUGAUGGAAUAAAGUUGUAAACUAUAU